AUGCAUUCCAAAGUCAACAACAGCAAGAGUGAAAGCACAUUUAUACGGAAGUCAAGGCGUCCUUGUCCAGCUAGCAAUGUAGCAAAGUUCACAUUAAGAGCAUGCUGUGAAAUCAUCUACAAGCAAUUACAAAUACUGUGACCAUGGCUGCCAUACUCUCAGAAUCACCUCAAGGAGGUUCCUUUAAACAGUCAGAGAUCAGAAUUGUGCUCUUGGGAAGUUCUGGAGCUGGCAAGAGCAAUGUGAUUAAAUCACUUCUGGGCUCUGAGAAAAUAACAGAAGAUAAAAUAGGUCUCUGUACUUUAUUUAAGAGUGAGCAGGCAGGGAGGACGAUCAGUGUUGUGGACACACCAGGAUGGGACUUAAUACAACAAACAUCAGAGAACAUAAAAAAAGAAAUAGGAGAAAGUGUGUCACUUUGUCCUCCAGGACCUCACGCUUUACUUCUAGUGUUACCUAUCAAAAAUCGUUCUGAACAACCUACUUCUACAAGUGAGAUUACUGCAGCAAUAGAGCACAUGAAGUUACUGUCACAACGCAUCUGGAGACACACUAUCGUGCUGUUUGCUUGUGAUGGAGUCGAAGAAUCAGCCAUCAAAGAACACAUUCACAGUGCAGGAAAUAUCCUGGAGAAGUGUGGAAGGCGAUACCAUGUUCUUCAGAGUAGUGUCUGGGAAUCUGCCACUCAGAUCUUCAAGCUCUUCAAGAAGAUAGAAGACCUGAUGGAGGAGAACCAUGGUGAAUUCUUCAUACCACAAGUUUACUAUGAACUGUUUCAACACAAGACAAAGGAUGUGCCUGGUGAGAGCGAGGCCAGACAGAGGCGUAGAAGUUUGCAGAUGGAUCCUCCUAAAAUGAGAGAAGAAAAAGUGGAUUCAGAUGAGAAGAGAGAAACUGGAAAGGCCACCAACUAUAAGCUUUUGGAAGUCAUACCAACACAUUAUCUCAAGAUGUUUAUAGUGAUAUUGAUAGGUGUAAUUGGAGCAUUUAUUGGUUCAGUUGCAGGAGCUCAACAUGGAGCUUUGGGGGCUUGUACUGGAAUAGUCUUUGGUUUUAUUGUAGGGGUCUUGCUUGUGAUUUUGACCAUAAUAAUUUGCAAUAACAUUUAUUUACGCAUUAAUCCAUAGCACUCGACACAAUAAUAGUGCAGCAUGAGCAACUGAACUAUUAGGAGUGGUGAUGGUGUAGUGGGCUAAAGCACAUAACUGUCAAUCAGAAGCACGGUAUAAAGAUGUAAAUUGGUUUUCACCAAAGGCCAAAUUCUGUUAACAAUAUAGUCAAGGGCCACGGCCCUCGAAGUGUUUGUGCUGCUGCUAUUAUUGUUAUUAUUAUUACUAUUGUUAUAGUCACGCAUAAAUAUUCGGAUUUUUCUUAGUUCUUUUUCUCAGUUUUAUGUGCAAAUAUAAAUAGGACGUAUAUUUAUGCAACAGCGCUCUUUACUCAUCUCGCUGACUCGCUUGUAUAACAUAAUUAAACAGUUAUGCCAAAUUAGAAAUAGAAAUGCUUUAACAGCAUUCAGUAUAUUAAUCUCUAGCACUGACAGCUGAGCAGGGCAGGAGACUGGUAUAAAUGUUUGUAGAACGGCAACAGCGCCGCCUAAUGUACGUGUUUGAAAUUGUUUUUCAUUUUUAUUUGUUUUUUUACGGACUCUGUGUGUAUAGACCUUUCAUCUGAAGUUUGUCUCGCAGUAUCGUCACGGACUUGGUGUGAACAGGCCUUUAGCGUGGGCCAAACAUUUGUCUCUCGGGCUGCCGAUUGAGGAACCCUGGUCUAUUGUAUCCACAAUAUUAUCAGCAGGCGAAAUUUCCGGUUGGCUAACGGAAGUGCAAUUGGUUGCCGUUUUGUGUGUAGCCGGUCACUGCUCGCUUGCGUGUUAUACAGUUCGAUUCUUGCUUUUUAAAUGUUGUAAGAUGUCUUUAAAAUUUACCAGACCAAUAUGUGCAGUUAAUGGUUAUCCUAUUAAUCAAGCGCAACUAAAGUUUUGUCUAAAACAGCAAUGUUAUGAUCAGAAACCACUUGCAAAGCAAAGCGCUCUUGUCCCAGAUGCUGCUUCCAUCGGCUUCUGACAGAAGGAUUGACUUAGGAACAUCUGUUUGAAAAAAGCUUUUCACUUUAUUGGCAAGAAGUCAACAGCAGGGAUUACUUAUAGUAACCACCUUUAUGGUCCGGCUACAAUAGAUGUCCAGAAACAGAGUGCAAUGAAUUACAUAAACGAUAGCGUUAUUGUGCAAAUAGGUGUGUGUACAUGUGCUGAAAGUUCAUUAGACAUUUUGAGAUUUUGUUAAUUUCUUUUUUUGUGUGUGUGAAUGCUUCACAUGUUUUGAAAUGGCAUUAUUACUGAGUAUAAAAAGGGAAUGUGUUUUACCUGAACUGUCUGUGAGUUUGUGACAAUGUUUUCAACUGUUUUCAUACUGUGAUGCUAAAUGGAUAAAUUCUACAGUGUAAGACCAUAAUUAUUAGAUGAGACAUGUACAGUAGUGAGACGUUUUAUCACGUUUGAUAUUAAUUGUAUUAUGAUUUUUCUUUGUCCUGCCUGCAGUUCACUUUCUUUUGAAUGUUUUUGCAGAAUGUGCUUGUCUUCUCUUAAGGGGAAAAGGUGAUUAGGAAAACAGUGUAGACAUUAAUUCAGUAUCAAUUAAAUUUAUUUGUACAGUGCUUUUAAUAAUACAUACUGUUUUAUAGUUGCAUUACAGAGAACAUUGAACUUGUGUACAAUGUUCAAUGUAUGUCCAAAUAAAUAUGUUUAUUUGUAUUGCAUGUAGUUCUUUUUGUACAGUAAAGUUUAUUGUGUGGCUGCUAAUGCAUCAUUAUUUCCUACACAAGAACAAUAAAUUCAAUCAAUCA